GUUUGGGAAUGUAGGUUGUCUACUCCUAUCUGACAAAUCCGCCGCCAUUACAACGCGAACGAGGAUUAAUAGGCUGUCAAGACCCCUUUAUAGAUUUUAUAAUACAUAUUUUAUUUUCAUAGCAACAAAGUAAUAUAUUCUCCGUAUCUACCUCACCUGAAAAAUGGAUACAGAAAUGAAAGAAAGUGAGACAGAAAAUCAGACUUCACAAGGAGAACCUGAGAAACCAGUGUCUGAAAACAAGGCCAGGGAUCGAGGAGCAAAAUCGCGUGGUAGAGGUGGUCGUAUUGGUCGUGGUGGGAUGCGUGGCGGACGGGGUAUGAUAAAAGGGUUUGGUCCUCCUGGUCGUGGCAGGGGUCGAAUGCACGAUGGACCUUUGAAUGGAUUUCCACAUAUGAGGGGAAUGGGAAGAAUGCGACCAUAUCCUGACCCCAGAGGGCACCGUGGACGAGGGCCGAUGGGUAUGGGACCACCACCCCUUCCACCUCCUCCAAUGCACCUCAGAGGUCCCUUUCCUCCAAUGCUCAGGCAUGGACCUCCACCAGGCCACCCUGGAUUCAGAGGACGUCCCCCACAUCCUCGGGGCCGUGGCAUGCCUCCCCCUGGACCUCCACGACCUUUCCUCCCACGUGGUCCAAGAGGGGGGCACACAGUACAGUACAGUUCCCAGCCACCAGGAGCCCAGGACCUUCUCCCAAGCUGAUUCCACCACCACAAUGGAAAGGUGAGCUGAUAAUUGUCUGCUUAAUAUUUGAACCUCUUCUUUCAGGAUUCAGGCUCUUAUCUUUACAUGUAUAAAAACUAAAGCCCUGACAAAAUUAAAAUUAAAUUUGUAACCAGUUCUCUACACAAAACUAUCAAGCACACAGAUACCCCACUCAAAACUGUAAAGCACAGUGUACUCAAACUCUCAAAAGUAAAGUUUGUGUUUAUUGUUGACAAUUAUUUUUAUUGGCUUAUUUAAUGCUAAUUGGGGAAAAAUAAUUAAAGUCUAUACAUGACAUGUCUACACAUAACUAGGAAAAUAGGAGCAGUAAGCCAUUGGCUUUAUUUGAAGGAAAGGGGGGGGGGGGGUCUUGACAGCCUAUUAUAACAUUAUUGCAUCAUGUUAUAAAUGCCUUAAAUAAAUGUGUCC